AUGUCUCUCGUAAAGUAUGGCCUGUACAACAACUUCUGCAACAUCGGCCGUUUCCCAGGCAUUAAACUGGAGUCUGACAGUUUCUGGAGAGGGUCUGGCUGUGUGCCGGUUUACAGUAACCCUUGCGUGAAACCUGUUGUCAAUCCUUGUGUGAAUCCCUGCAUGAAACCUGUCGUCAAUCCUUGUGUGACUCCCUGCGUGAAACCUGUCGUCAAUCCUUGCGUGAAGCCUGUAGUCAAUCCUUGCGUGAUUCCUUUUGUGAAUCCUUGUGUCAACCCAUGCAACAACCCUUGCACCAUCCCUUGCGACUAUGUGAAGCCACGCUGUGAUUAUGACUGCAAGGAAGUUGUCCUCAAGGACUGUGCGGAUGACUGCCAGGUCGUGCGCACCUGCGAAGAUUUGGUUCUGCAGGUUCGUUGUGUAGACCAGAUGAAAUCCUGGAAGUGUCAGAAUCGUCAGGAGCAUCACACCAGUUGUUUCCGCAGUGAUCACCUCAUUGUCCGUAGAGGACAGUGUUUCCAGAUGUGGAUUGAGCUUUCCCGGCCAUUCAAUCCAAAAUGUGACCAACUUCACCUGGAGCUGAGACUUGGUGGAGGAAUACCUGUCAAAUAUGGACAGAGCUUGGCCUUUGCUGGAGUCACCAACACAUUGUUGAGGUGCUUUGGCAUUCCUGCUCGUCCAGUCACAAACUUCUGUUCUGCUCAUGACACUGAUGUGUCAAUGACAGUGGACAUUUAUCUUGAUGAGAACUAUGAUCUGAUCGAUAACCUGAACUGUGAUUCAGUCUGGAACUACCAUGUGUGGAAUGAGGCCUGGAUGACUCGGUCAGAUCUGCCAUCUGGUUUUGGAGGUUGGCAGGUGGUUGAUUCCACUCCUCAGGAAACCAGCCAGGGAAUCUUCCGCUGCGGCCCCACCUCUGUUGCUGCAAUUCGCAGCGGGCAGGUCUUCCUCAAAUAUGACACACCCUUCGUUUUUGCUGAGGUGAACAGUGAUGUAGUCUUCUGGCAGCGGACAGCUUGUGGAACAUUUGCUGUGAUCCACGUUGACAAGAACGCAAUAGGUCACUGCAUCAGCACCAAGGCUGUCGGCUCAGACAAACGUGUGGAUAUCACACACCAAUACAAACACCCAGAAGGUUCAGAGGAGGAGCGCCAUGCUGUGGAAACUGCCCUUCGUCAUGGCUGCAGGAAAUGCGUAUACCCACUGCCCUGCGCUGAGGAUGUAGUCUGUGAUAUCACCAUGAAGGGUGAUGGACCAUGUGUGGGCAAGGAUGCCAUGCUCUGCAUCGCUCUGAAGAACAAAUGCAGCUCACCUCGUAGCGUCACCCUCCACAGCCAAGUGUCUGCCACAUACUACACUGGAGUUCACAAAGCCUUGGUGAAGAAGGACCAGACAUGCUUUGAGCUCAAGGCCAGUGAAACCAAGGUUCUGGAGUGGGCCCUGCGAUAUGAGGAUUAUAAGAAACACCUUGUGGAUCAUUCAACGAUGAUGCUCACUCUCGCUGGACGGGUCACUCAGACUAAUCAGAUUGUGGCCAAACGCUUCAACUUCAGAAUGUGCACUCCAGAUCUUGUUAUUACUCCUGGAUGUGACUGUGCGGUGGGCAAAGAAGUGCCAAUAAAAAUCACAUUCCAGAACCCACUGCCCUGUGUGCUGAAGAAGUUUGAGUAA